AUGACGAGUCUUGCUUCUGGCAGCUCGUAUCCCUCUGGAACCUCACUCGCGAGAGGAAUAACUUCUCUCACUCCCCCGCAACAAGCAGAGCUUGCCAAGUUCAAUGGCCAGGGUUGUGAUAUCGUCAUAGCGACGCCUGGUCGUCCGGCUGACCACUUGGAAAAUCAUGGUUUCAAUCAGCAUCUCUCCCUUAAGGAUUAUAUUAUGGGCAAAUCACAAUUGGAUCAAAUUCAAAAGUACCUGCCUAAGGCACCCAGACAAACUCUUCACUUCUCCGCCACGAUCAGUAGGGACGUUCAACAGAUUUCCAAGAAACAACUAAGAGAAGGUUUCCAAUACGUCAACACAAUUCACGAGGAUAAACGGCCUAGUCACGAGCAUUGUACAUUCUAA